GUUUUCUUCAUGUUUGAGUACACGGCCAAGAUGGAGGAUUUGGUUGGAGUGUAUUCUGUAUUCUUUGAUCUUGCUUAUCAAACAGCUUGGAGGAGAUAUAACCAUCGCAAAUUUUGGUGAGUUUUAUAGUUUACUUGGUUUUUAAUCUUUGUUAGUUUACAAUGAGUUUAGAUAGUUCUUUGAAUGUUUGCAUGGCGAUAAAAUAUAAUUGUUUUUGUUUGUGGAAACAUGUUUGUGCAGUAAUAAAUUUACGUGGUGUUUCCACAAACAAAAACAAUUAGAGUUUAGAUAGAUAGUAAAUUAAUUACUACUCACUAAUUAUUAAACUCUUUAGAAAUCCCAAUAAUUUGUUUCAAUUGUUUGUAGGAAUGUUAUUAUUCACGUGGCAACAGCAUGGUUGUCAACAAAGUUUUUAUUAUCAAUGGCAGGAAUAUUAUUUCCUACAAUUGUCAAUAUUUUCCUUAUUUUUUUCAACAUUGCAAUUUGCUUGGCACAAGAUCUCAAACUUGGGGUAUGUUUUAUGUAUCUGUUAAAUGUUGAAACUUGUAGAUUUGGAUUAAGGUUAGGGCUAUAGGGUUAUGAUUUUUGGGCAUUUUCUAUAACAUAAUUGGUGGCUUUUUCAUAUUAAUAUUGAAUUCUUAAAGGCACCAGUAUUUCAAAGACAAUUCAAACGUUUUUCCUCCAGGGAAUCUAUUCUGUAUUGUAUCUCCUGGUUGCAUAUCAUGGUCUGAAUGUGGAAACAUCAUUUAUGCAAGCUUUCAUCAUGCUUGUCCUAGUUCUUGGCUUUCAAAUUGCUGUCGGACAUUUCUUGAUUGAAAGUGAACAACCUGUCAUUUUGGAAAGACAAGGAGAUGUUGUGUUUAUUGUUUGUACUAUAAUGAAUGACCUCUUCUUAGCACCCUUUCAUUUCGCAGUGCUCAUCUUGAUGAGAUCAAACUUACUGCCAGACUUACAUUGGAGGUCUGAUAUACAACUUAAGAAACUUAUGGAGGAACUGGAAGGGAAAAAAUCACCUUAAAGUUAUUUUAUAAGAAGAUUUUAUACGAGUUUAUAGUAAUAUUUUUAUAGUUUUAACCACAAUAACACCACACACCAAGACAUGUUGAACAUGUUUAAAAUAACACAUUGAUAUAAUUAUAUACAGAUUUUAUUUACAUAUAAAUAAAUUGAAUGACUACUUGAUGCAAACUACUAUCUACUUGCCUGCAAACAGGCUCUAUUUGAACAGGCUCGAAUUCAAUGCAAAGAGCCUGUUUGCUGGCUACUAUCUACUCUGAGCUACUACAAAUUCUUUAAAACAAUUAUAAGAACAAAAACAAAAUAUAAAAUAACAAUUAGAAUCUUUAAUCUGAGUGUACAGUUUAUCCUGUAUCAGAGUUAGGACUUGUGAGUAAAGGCUGUCGCAAGUUUCAAAAAAUGCAUUUACAUAAUAUCUCUGGCUGCAUAGGUGACAACAUCCUUUUGGAGUUUUCAGUAAUGUUUGCAAUGGUUUGGGAAGCAAUUCUUGUUGUUUUGUAUCUAGAAAGC